AGUAUCUGUUUACAGGGGCUGGCCCCGAUCCCGGUCCAACAAGCUGGGUCGCUCAAAUCCAUCAGGUGAGAACCAGGAGGCCGACCGUAGCCGGGGAGGAGCCCUGAGCCGGACCCAGCCCACCCACACACCCCCUCCCAGAGGUGGAUAUAAGCCCGCCGCGUCCGGGGAAGACUCACUCAAGAGGGACCUUACUUUCCUCUUAGUGAGCUCAACUGCUCCACCAGUCCUAUCUGCCUCUGUCUCUCUCUCCCUUUCUUUCACCCCCUGUCAGUGGAUCAGAACAGCUGCAGCCAUGUCCAACCCCAGGAGUAGCGGUAGCAUGAUUGCAGGGUACAGCUCCGGCGGCGGUGGUUUCAGCGGUGGCGGCGGUAGUUUCAGCGGUGGCGGCUUCGGAUCCGGCGGCGGUGGAAAUGUUAGGAGGAGCUUUUCCAGUUUCUCAUCCUCUGCAGCCCCCUCUGGCAGCCGUAUGAGCACCGUGCAAGUUAGACGCAGCGGAGCAGGGGGCGGCUUCGGCAUGGGCGGUGGUGGCUCCGGCGGGGGCUCUAGUUUCAGCUACAUGAGCAGCGGCGGCGGCGGCGGAGGCGGUGGAGGCUUCGGAAUGGGCGGCGGCGGUGGAGGUUUCGGCUUGGGCGGUGGCGGCGGAGGUUUCAGCCUGGGCGGCGGCGGUGGAGGCUACGGCAUGGGCGGCGGCGGCGGUGGAGGCUACGGCAUGGGUGGCGGCGGCGGCGGAGGCUUCGCCCCCAUCACAGCUGUCACAGUCAAUUCAAGCCUGCUAGCCCCCCUCAACCUGGAGAUCGACCCCAACAUCCAGACCGUCCGCACACAGGAGAAGGAACAGAUCAAAGGCCUCAACAACCGCUUUGCCUCCUUCAUUGACAAGGUGCGCUUCCUGGAGCAGCAGAACAAGAUGCUGGAGACCAAGUGGAGCCUCCUGCAGGACCAGACCACCACCCGCUCCAACAUCGAUGCCAUGUUUGAGGCCUACAUCGCCAACCUGCGCAGGCAGCUCGACGGCCUGGGAGGAGAGAAGGUCAAGUUGGAAGGAGAGCUGAAGAACAUGCAGAACCUAGUGGAGGACUUCAAGAACAAAUACGAGGAUGAAAUCAACAAGCGGGCUGCAGUGGAGAACGAGUUUGUCCUCCUCAAGAAGGAUGUUGACGGUGCCUACAUGAACAAGGUUGAGCUGGAGGCUCGGGUCGAUGCCCUUCAGGAUGAGAUCAACUUCCUCAGGGCCGUCUACGAAGCGGAGCUUAAUGAGCUGCAGGGCCAGAUCAAGGACACCUCUGUGGUGGUUGAGAUGGACAACAGCCGUAACCUGGACAUGGACUCCAUCGUGGCUGAAGUGCGCGCCCAGUACGAAGAAAUUGCCAACCGCAGCAGAGCGGAGGCCGAGUCCUGGUACAAGCAGAAGUUUGAAGAAAUGAAGUCCUCUGCAGGACAGUAUGGUGAUGACCUGCGGAACACCAAAUCAGAGAUCGCCGAGCUGAACCGCAUGAUCAGCCGCAUCCAAAACGAGAUUGAAAACGUCAAAACACAGCGUGGCAACCUGGAAAACCAGAUCGCCGAGGCUGAAGAGCGCGGGGAGAUGGCGGUGAAGGACGCCAAGCUCCGCAUCAGGGAUCUGGAGGAUGCCCUUCAGAAAGCCAAGCAGGACAUGGCCCGGCAGGUGCGCGAGUACCAGGAGUUGAUGAACGUCAAACUGGCCCUGGACAUUGAGAUCGCCACCUACAGGAAGCUGCUGGAAGGAGAGGAAGAAAGGAUUACCUCUGGAGGCGGUUCAACCACCAUCCACAUACAGUCUUCCAGCAGCGGAGGCGGCGGCGGAGGCGGCGGAUUCGGCAUGGGUGGAGGCGGAGGUGGCGGAUUCGGCAUGGGCGGAGGCGGAGGCGGAGGAUACAGCAUGGGAGGUGGUGGUGGCGGCGGUGGCGGCAGUGGCUUCGGCUACGGCGGCGGCAGUGCCAUGUCGCUGAAAAGCGGCUUUGGCGGCGGAGGCGGCAGCUUCAGCAUGGGAAGCAGCAGCGGCGGCGGCAGCGGUGGUGGAAUCUCCAUGUCCCGCGUCUCCACAGUCUCCUCACAUAAACGCUUCUAAACACCGACCAGCUUUCCCCGCUCCUACUGUCUUCCCUCUCUUCCUUGACAACCAAACCAGUUACACUACCCCAGUUACAGGUCCACCGAUCAGAUGUUUUCUAUCCCAAUUAUCAAUGUUUUUUUUCCCCGUUCCCUCUUGAGUGUCCU